UUUGCUUCUUCCAGCCUCGCGCUCGCAAAGUUCAAACACCAACACCACCGACGGAUGUUUGAGAACCUACUGCCUUCCCAUAAUGGCAGGUAUCCAAGUGAAUGACUCUCUUCCAACUAACGUCCCCAAUCUGAUCGACCGAAUAGAAUGCCUGCCGCCCGAGCACGAAGAGCGGAGAAUCCUGGACUUCCUGUGCAGAGCGGUAGUGCAGGAGUUGGAUUCGGAGCAAAUCCUCAAGUCCGCCUGGGAAGUGACUCGGCUUUCUGAGGUCUUGUUGGUGGAAGAAUACAUCAGCUUGCUCAGGAAGUUUGCCAAUACUAUUGCGUCUGGCACAAGUGAUCACAGUUCACUUGAUCCCGCUCUUUUGGCAUGUAUAGUGUGCAUCAUUCGACAAGGCGAAGGAAAGCUGACCAACGACAACAACCCACUUGCGUCGUUGUUCGAAAGCCUUAUCGCCCGGCUAGAGAAUUCUAAGAACCACGGAAAUCCACAACUGCAGUAUGAUUUGAUAUGCGCUCUCUCGGUCGCCCUCGAAGCAAUGGCUGAUGUCCAUGUCUCCGGACUGAGCCGUGAAAGUCUACACAGCCGUCUUCUCACCUUGCUCGAAACCUUCAUCAAGGAUGAGACGGAGAUUCAUAUCGUGCAAGCAGCCUGUUAUGCAGCCCAGGUGCUCCAGGACAUACCUAAUGAUGAAACCGAAUUUGAGAAAGUUCUGCGCCGCACUCUUCGGGUUGCUGACGUUGCAGCGUUGACGGCUGCCGGUGGCCUGGCCAAGGAUCCUCAGAAGUUAUAUCAGGCCUGUGUUCAGGCCUUUAAAAUAGGAUCUGAUUUGAAGGACAACAUCUGGAGACACAUCCGGUCCCAUACAUCAAAAUCCUGGCACAAGGCCCUGCGAGUGACCGAGAUCCUAAUUCAAAACGAGUCUUUUGGGGAGUUGGAGGACUACAUCAACAACGCAGAGUGUAGAACGAAAAAGGAGUUUCUUUGUGGUCUAUAUGCGCAGCUAGAGCAAGCACAGCAUACCUCCAACAAGGCAGGAUAUAGGCAGGUCUACACGAAGAUUCCGUCUGGUGACAGUGCUCGGGUGCAGGCUUGGGUUCAAUUUUCAGCUCCUAGCUCUGUUAGAUCUCAUUCAACCCGCACAGCCGGAAAACAUCACGUUCCGCUGCGUCCUCGAGGUCGAAGAACAUACGAGAGCAAUGUGAAGCCCUUUCUGUGGAGGCAGCAAUCCAAAGAACAAGAAGAUAUUGCUACGAGUGGGAGCCUUGUGCAAAAAGCGUGCAAAAGCUCGCUAGAAGUUAGACGAUUCUACGUGAGAAACGCACUGAGGGGACAUUAUACCACACAUGACCGUCUCCAAAUCCAUCGCCUGUCGGGCCAAGUGCUACCCAUGGACCAGUGUUUUAUCAAUUUAACUAUCACAAAGGGCUCCGAUGGACAGGCUAUUCCACUACCCCAGCUUUUUCAGCCGCGAAGGCUGUCAAAUGGCACGACUUCUUCACCACAGCGAAUCUUCAUUAAAGGGCAGGCAGGAGUCGGCAAGACAACGUUAUGUAAGAAGAUCGUGCACGACUUUCUCUACAAGAAUAGCUGGAGUGAUCGAUUUGACUGGCUGCUUUGGCUGCCUCUACGAAGCCUGAAACAGCGGCCUAGCACCUCUUACAGCAUGAAACGCUUCUUCAAGGACCACUACCUCGCGCAGCAUUCAGAAAGCGACCGUGAAGUGCUGGCAGAUACCCUGUGUGAGGAGGUAAACAAACAGUCCGGUCACUGCCGUGCACUUUUUAUUCUGGAUGGUCUUGAUGAAGUGGCUCAUGAUUGGGAUGCAGACACACCCAUGGGCGAGUUUCUGCGAAGGCUAGUGCAGAGAGCCCAGCAUGCUAUAGUCACUUCCCGGCAGUACUAUCCAAGUCUCCUCGGCCUGAAAGCAUUCGACUUGGAACUGAAGACAGUGGGAUUCCACCGCGAACAGAUUGAAUCAUAUGUGUCCGCACCUGGAGUGAUACCUGAUCCAGAAAAAGCCAAGCGGAUCAUGUCAUUUAUUCGAGCACAGUCCUUGAUCCGUGAAAUUGCUUCUAUACCGAUCCAGCUCGAUGCUCUAUGCUUCACGUGGGGUGAGCAAACCAACUAUAUCAAGAAUAUGUCACAGACAAUGACGGCCAUCUAUCAGUCAAUUGUAUUAAGUCUGCUGCGAAAGGACAUAAGAAAGCUAGGCAAAUGCUGCAACCAGAAAGUGCUGACUGAACCGAUGGUGGCGGGGAUGUCUGCCUUGGAGGUAGAGGAGACCAUGCGGCAGGAGCUCAACUUGUUGGAAGGUCUCGCAUUCCAGGGGUUCUACAACCGCAUCAUCGAAUUCGACAGGCCAAUGCGAGAUAAAAUCCACAGGCUCCUUCGGAGCAGCGGCGACAAUCUUCCUGCGGCGUACAAUAGUGUAUUGAAAGACCUAUCUUUCCUGCGCACCUCAGACACAAACAUGGAAAGUGAAAAACAGUCAUUUCACUUUUUGCAUCUGACUUUCCAGGAGUACUUUGCAGCUCGGUAUCUUGUCAGUCACUGGAUACGUGGCACUAAGAUGACCGUUUUGGCGCUUCAUCAUGGAAGCACUUCAGACGAGUUAGUGUCCCCACAAACUGUUCUCGCCAGAGAAAAAUACAACCUACGGUGGAAUAUGUUGUGGAAAUACGUGGCUGGGCUGCUCGAUUCUUACCGACAGCAGGCGAAUGAUGGUGAGCGAUGUUUGGUCGACUUCUUUCACCAGUUAGAAGCAGGCCCACGGGAUAUGAUGGGACCGACACACCAGCUCCUCACGAUGGAUUGUCUCAACGAGGUGCCUGCCAUGCAAGACUCCCCAAGGCUUAGUGCCUAUAGGCUUAGGUCGGAGAAACAGCUUUCUUGGUGGGCAGAGUUCGAGUUCUGGGCUCUUUUUCAGGCUCAGUCAAAGCUUCCCGAUUCAAUAGUUAAUGUCCUCGUCAGGUGCCUGAGUACGACAGAUGAUCUCCGGAAUCAAGGUAUCGCCAGGGUGAUAGGAAAGCAACCAGGAUUAGGCCCUGAAGUAGUCCGCCAAUUAUCCCAACUGCUAAAGAAUCCUGAAUCCAGACGAGCUUCUGCAUUUGCACUGAGCCUUCGGUCAGAUUUGCCCCCGCAGAUCCUCCAGGAUAUGAUGGGAUAUUCCCGAGAUGCAGACAGCCUAGUACGCCAAGAGGCAGCAAUGUCGCUAUCAAGCCAGAAGUCCCUCCCGAGUGAGGCUCUUGAUGCCCUGGUUUUGAAGUUGCAGGAUACACAGAGCGGGCUUUUGUCUGUGAGAGUCUUGCUUUCACAGGCUGUUGUUCCCACUAGGGCAACUCUUCCGAUCCUUAAGUGGUUUGACAAUGCGCAUUUCAAGGACCGUGUCUUAAUUACGGAACCACUAGACACUUUGCAAAUUGCAUCUUCUCAGAUCGUUAAUUCACUUAACUCGGAUGUGAGAUUUGAAGUAACAGAGGCUGUGGGCAAGUUGGCAAACACAUCUCCAAGACUGCGUGAUGUUUUAGUUGAACUUUCGAGUGACAAAUCUGAGAAAGUCAGAUCAAGCACAGUUCCCAAGCUGGGAAGCCUAUCGAACCCAUCUAACAAUGUCGUCACAGCCGUGGUCAAGCGUUUAGACGAUGGAGAUUACCGCUCCAGACGCGAGGCAGUAAUAUCUUUGAGCAAGUUCACAUCUUCAGACCAAGCUUUAAGUGGGUUGUACAGAUGCUUGGAUGACCCAAGUCGAUUGGUCAGAGAAACCGCUGUAUAUGCGCUGGAUAGGCUGCUUACCGCAUCGGGGGGGCUUUGGAGAGCGCAGGAGCACGCAGAGCUGUGCCCGCAGAAAUGCUUGACAAGUUCAUCCUCCGUCUUGCAAGCCCAAACUUCGAGACAAUUUACGAAGUCGGGGAAUUCUUACAUACCAAGGAAGAGUUCUACCGCGUUCUUCCAAUUAUCAAUUGGAAAUCCUUCGGUGUCUUCUAUUUGGUGUGUCUCGUUUUGGCGUUUGGUAACCGAUUUACCUUUUAUCUCCAAGGGAGAAGGCUCAUCGUGGAGACGGAAGGGACUCGAAUGGAGAUUCCCAUUCAGAAGGUACACCACAGGCUUCGGUUCAGGAUAUUCCUGCUCGGUGCUCGGGUAGACAUCUUCUAUGAGAGGGAGGUUUCUAUGUUGAUGGACUGGAUUGAUGGUCAUGCGCGUCGCUUGCUUUUUGGAUGUUUGAUCUCAGUUGCUGUCGCCUUUUACGCAUGGCUUUGUGCUUGAUGCAACAUGACUCCACGUACAAUCAGCUCACCAAGGCCAGUCAUAACGUCUCUAUCAUCAUCAUGCAUACGUUUAGGUAACUAAGCUGAGCCUCGUUACCACGCCGAUGGAUCGAAGAACCAUAAAGCAGUCGAAGGCGCGGCGGGGGCGUGGAUUCUUGCGGUCCUAGAAGGAGGAAAAUUGGUUGUUCCAAAUGAUUGGAAGGAGAGGGUUGCCAGGGAGAGGUUGUUGCCGAGGCCGUUAGGGAGUGGCAGUUGAGGCAGCAUGCGGGACAUGCGGCGAGUGUUGUG